AUGUCGGGAGUCCACUUUGUGAUUAACAACAUGGUUGGCUUUACGACCGACCCGCGCGCUGCCAGAUCGUCCUACCAUUGUACGAAUGUGGCCAAAGUCAAUGACGCGCCCAUCAUCCAUGUCAACGCCGAUGAUGUCGAUGCCGUGCUCUUCGCUUCGACGCUCGCCGCCGAUUUCCGACAACGCUUCCGCAAGGACGUGGUUGUCGAUCUGGUGUGCUAUCGGAGGGAGGGCCACAGCGAGGCCGAAGAUGCUUCGCUGACGCAGCCGCUCUCGCACAGACGGAUGCAGAGCCACCCCCCGGUGGCCGAGCAGUACACGCAGACCCUCAUUGACGCUGGACUCCUGUCUCAAGAAGAGGCGGAAGAAGAAGUGAACCAAAUUUACGAGGAGUUCGAUGCCGAACACCGCUAUUCGCAACUGCAAGGGCCGUGCCCGCAGAUGUGGAGGGUCAAAGAGCCCACUACGAGGCCGGUGAACAUCACUGGCCUACCCGUCUCCUGGCUCAGGGCCAUCGGAGAGGCGGCCUACCGCAUUCCGGAGGGCCUCCGCGCGCACGCCACCGUGCGCAAGCUGUUCCAGUCCCGCCGGGCGCAGCUUCAGCAAGGACGCAUUGACUGGCCGACAGCCGAACUGCUGGUCUUCGGCUCACUCUUGCUGCGUUUCGACCCCGACCGCGAGGCCAUUCGCACCGGACUUCUCCACGACGAUGACAACCAGUACGUGGUGCAUCCGCCCUGCCACGUCCGCCUAUCAGGCCAAGACGUCGAGCGUGGGACCUUCAACCAGAGACACUGCAUCAUCCAUGACCAGGGCACAGCGAUACCCCACAGCAUCCUCAGCGACCUCGGGCUGGGCGAGCAGUCGGAGGCCAUCGUGUGCAACUCUUCCUUGUCAGAGUUGGCCAUCCUGGGAUUCGAGUACGGCUACUCCCUGGAGGAGGGGGCUGGCCUGGCCCUCACCAUGUGGGAGGCGCAGUUUGGCGACUUCGCCAACUCUGCGCAGCCCAUCAUCGACAACUUCGUGGCGAGCGGGGAACAGAAGUGGGGAAACUGCAGCAACCUCGUCAUGCUCCUGCCCCACGGUUUGGAGGGUCAGGGCCCCGAGCAUUCCUCGGCGCGGCCGGAGCGCUUCCUGCAGCUCGUGGACGAGGACCCAAACGUCCUGUGGCCGGCGGAAACCAGUGAGCUCGAAGAGCAGACGAAGAUCCAGGCCCGCGAGGCCGUGGCGAACACCCUGGAAGCCACCGCCACGGGGGACGCCCAGGCCGUCGAGCGCAGCGUAAGGCGACUGGCUGUGUUGCAGGAGAGCUUCGAGUACCACCGGAACAUAAUGGUGGCGUACAUCACGACGCCAGCCAACCUCUUCCACGUACUGCGGAGGCAGGUCCACCGCACCUUCGCCAAGCCACUCGUCUUGAUGUCGGCGAAGUAUUUGCUCCACCACAGGCCAUGCCGGUCCCCUUUGGCACACCUCGCCUCCGGAACGCGCUUCCAGCGCGUCAUCCAGGAAGGAGGUAGUGGCGACAACAUGACCACCGAGGCGCCUGAGGUGAGCUGCAAGCGGCUCAUCUUCUGCAGCGGGAAGGUUUUCUACGAGCUGCACCACGCGCGGUGCGUGCGAGGCCUGGCGGGCGUUGUGGCGUUGCAGCGGUUGGAGCAGGUUGCGCCUUUUCCUGCCAUGUCGGUAGCCGUCGUGGCUGCACAGCAUCCCGGGGCUGAGAUGGUUUGGGUACAGGAGGAGCCGAUCAACAUGGGGCCAUGGUCCUACGUGGCCCCGCGCUUCGCCACGGCUUUGCGGGAGCUGAGUCCGGAUCGCCAGGAGCGGCCGCUGCGUUGCAUUGCUCGGCCUGCGGCCGCCAGUGCGGCGACGCCGUUGUUCAAAGUUCACCGGCAAGAGGUCCGCAAGCUCUUGGACCAGGCGUUGAGCUUCGACACGUGA